AUGUUCUCCGGUGUUCUGAGUUUCUCAGCCCAUAGUCUGUUCAGCCAUGCUUUGUUGUGUGGUAAAUCCUCUGGUGGGCAGAUAUCAACAUUCCAGGUGACGAAUAUCACACCACCGGGGAAGAGUGCCUCUUGGCUGUCGACCAAUGGCGGGAGGGCCGCAGUCCGGAAUCGUGCUGGCCUCGCCGGGCAGAGCUGGACAUCUGGAAGAGUGGCAGCUGACUUUUCUUCUGGGGUCAAACCAAUGCCCAGCCAGGGAAUGGCGGCUUACAGAAGAGCCAGAAAAGCGGGAUGCUCAAAGCAUGAAAGAGUGGUGCCACCUGCUCUCGAUUCGGGUUCAACCGGCGGGGCGCAGCAAACCGUUCGCCGUUGCAGUGAGUGCUGA